GAAGUAUUACCCACAAGGCCACGACCUGUUUGCUUACCCCAUAAAUGCACACAGCUGGAUGAAGACAGUAUAUCCUUCUCCUUCUAGCUGGUUCAUACUCUGCAUCUCUGGGAAAGCUUCAAAGCUAAGAAAUCUGAACCCAACAAAGGAGUAUGGCAAAUGUGGGAAAUCGUAAAUGGGCGUAUGGAUUUGCUUGUUUUAUGCUUUUCGUUUUGAGAACAGAAGGCUUCUUUGUGGAUAUCACUUAUGUUGAGAGUGCUGUUUCAAAAGGAGCAGUCUGUUUGGAUGGAAGUCCACCGGCGUACCAUAUGGACCGAGGAUCCGGGGCAGGAGUUAAUAACUGGUUAAUCCAUGUUGAGGGAGGAGCGUGGUGCAAUAAUGUUACAAAUUGCCUUGCCCGUAGGGAUACUCGGUUAGGAUCUUCCACGAAAAUGGCAAAACAGGUUGCAUUUUCAGGGCUUCUGGGUAACCACCCUGUAAGAAAUCGAGACUUCUACAAUUGGAAUCGAGUAAAGGUUAUGUAUUGUGACGGGUCAUCCUUUACUGGUGAUGUUGAAGCCGUGGAUCCGAAAACCAAUCUUCACUUCAGAGGUGCAAGAGUCUUUCUGGCUGUUAUAGAGGAUUUACUCGCCAAAGGGAUGAAGGAUGCAAAAAAUGCCGUUUUGUCUGGAUGUUCAGCGGGAGGAUUGACUUCCAUAUUGCAUUGUGACCAAUUCAAAUCUCUUGUCCCGGCGAGUGCUAAAGUAAAAUGUUUUGCAGAUGCAGGUUACUUUAUUAACACAUUGGACGUUUCUGGAACUUCACACAUUGAGCAGUUCUAUGAUGAUGUUGUUGCCACACAUGGAUCAGCCAAGAGUUUGUCAGCUUCUUGCACGUCUAAAAUGAAACCAGGUUUGUGUUUCUUCCCUCAAAACAUGGCACAAUAUAUCCGAACACCGCUCUUCCUAAUCAAUGCAGCUUAUGAUGCCUGGCAGAUAAAGAACAUUUUGGCUCCUGGGGUUGCUGAUACACAUGGGACAUGGCAUAACUGCAAGGCUGACAUAACUAAAUGCUCUGGACCUCAGCUCACAAAAAUGCAAGGUUUUAGGAUGGAUUUUCUAAAGGCAUUAGAAGGACUUGGCCCUGCUUCAUUGAGAGGAUACUUCAUCAACUCUUGCUAUGCGCACUGUCAAACCGAAGUCCAGGAGACAUGGCUCACCACUACACCUCCUGUCUCUCCAAUGUUGGAUGGCAAGACGAUAGCUCAAGCAGUUGGAGAUUGGUAUUAUGACCGGAGUUCUUUCCAAAAUAUUGACAGGCCUUACCCUAGCGAUAAGACUUGCCACAAUAGAUUAUAUGAAUGAGCCAUUCUUUGAAUAUCCCAAAAAGUAUUGAUAGUUUUCAUUUAAAAUUGCAGCAAGUCUAGGGGCAUUAAAAGUGUUCUUUGCAGAGAAUAUGUUUCUCUAUAAUGUACACUUUGAAUAUCCUUUCAACUUACUCCUAUAAUAAAGGAAUAAUAUCACCACUAGAGAGGAUCUAGAGAGUUUGAUCUUAUAAAUAUGUAGUGUCCUUAAGAAGCGUAUGAUAUAAAGUUAGUUUGCAUUUAACUUGUAUGUAUUGUUUGUGUCAUACAUACCAUUGUCAUGUACUCCAUGUCUAUUAUAUAUACGAUGAUACAUUUCAUUGUUUUUGGUAACAUUAGUUACUAUCUUGUUUAAAAUGAGUGUACCAUUUUUUACUUGUUCAUUCAUUUUCUGUAUCUCUAAUGUUAUAUACUCCC